UUUAAUUUUAGAAGAGUGUUACAAGACAUCAACUCAACAUGGUGUACCUCUUUAUUUAUGUCUUGAGUGUAAUCUUCUUAGCGAAUGUCUGUAAGUAAUCGUUACACAAUGAACAAACUCUGCGUGCACUAGAACAGCUUGAUAAUAUAAUAUGUGUAUCUUUGGUAAAUUUGUAGAGAUAGCACCACGGUUUUUGUUUUUUUUUAUAACCAUGGCCGCCAUCUUGGUUGUCGCGACCCGUGAACUUUUACGUUUUCACGUGUCGCGGCACCCAAGAUGGCGGCCGUGGAAAAAUAAAAUAAAUCACGUUAGCUAAAAUUAGCAAUAGAACGUAAAAAAUGAAUGAAAAAAAUGUCCUAAGCCUAAAUGUAACCCUAAACCUAACCUGAACCUAAACUUAUCUCUAACCUUGGUUUUUUACUCUAUCGGAACCAGGAUUUUGACCCUAUCGCAACCUGGGAUUUGUUUGACCCUAUAGGAACCAGCGUUUUGACUCUAUCGGAACCAGGGUUUUGACCCUAUCGGAACCAGGGUUUUGACCCUAUCGGAACCAGGAUUUUGACCCUUUCGAAAACCAGGGUUUUGACCUUGAAAAAUUAGAAAAAUAAACAAAACAAUUAGAACGGCCAAAAACAGUUAUAAAAUAAAUAAAUAGUUAAAACCCAACUUACAGUUUAAUGGAAUAAGCUUUCACACUUUAUUUCAGGUUCCACCGAAAAUAAUAUCCAGAAAUUGAAUGAAACACCAUGCGGUCAUUUUCGAAUAUGGCAGAACACAUAAACUAUUAUAAUUAGCCAACCAAUGAAAUUUUAAAAUUAAAAUCAAUCAACCACUAAAAAUGUGCCAUCGUUGUGUUAGUGAAAGUUUAACUCUUUUAAGAAAACAAUAAGUAACUUAACAAAACAAGCAAAUGACGUCAGGGUGAUAUCUCUCCAAAUUAGCUAUAUCUUUUGAUCGCGGAGUAUUAGUAUAAGUAGUCUAUAAAUUUGAUAAUUAAAAUACAUUUUAAAAAUAUACCAUUUGAUCACGAAUAGAUGGGUGCUGUCCAUGGCUAGACGGGGGUAGAUAGUACUUGGAUGAGUGAGGUCAAGCUUUGCACCAACUGUUGUUUUUAGAUGAAUACGUCUCUGUAAUAGCUAAUUUUUAUGUAAAGCGAAUUGAGCCUAGCCCUAGGCUGGGAUACUGCGCUAUAAAAAAAAAAUUUAAUAAUACUAAUAAUAAUAUAUACUAUAGAUUAAGAUGUCUAUGUAUAGAGAUCAUAUUUACAGGUGGUGCCAGUGUUCAAUCUUUUGGCCAAGCUUGUUAGCAGAACUCAGAUUACUAACUUACUGUUUAGACAUUUGCCAUUCUAUCAAUUAUUGUUAUCAUUAUUUCUGUGAUUUUUCCAUUAUCUAAAUUUAAAGGAAAACCCUUUAAAACUUUCAUAACAAUUGUAUACGUAUUACAUUCGUUCUUUACCGGAUUAGUUUGCCAUUGUUUUAUAUAUUUAAGGCACUGUAUUGGAGUAGGUUACAUUACAUUCUAUAGCUCAGGCCGAAAUUCUGUUUCAGUACUUUUUCUUUCGAAAAAUUGACAUUUAAAAAAAAAUGUUCAACGGAACACUGUUAAUAACACUGUUGAGAAUUUUAAGCACUAAUUUGCUGAUUUCAGGUUCGUCUGUCAAAAAGCCUAUAUUAUUUUUACAUGUUUUAAUUUUUUUUUUUUUUUUUUUUUUUUUUUAUUUUUUUUUUUUUUUUUUUUUUUUUUUUUUUUUUGGGGGGGGGGGGUUUAAUCACACCCUAUCAGACACGCCUCCUGAUAACCUUAUCUCCUACUCUGGAAAUAACAUGGCGUCUAUCAUUAUCUUGCUGUUUAUCUUGAUAUACAGCAUCGUGUCUGACGACGCAUGCCGUAUGUGUCCACCAGGGUUAAAUAUUUAUUAUAAUAUUUUAGGCUGUCCGUUACAGAAACACGUUUCUCCUAUUUAAUUUGUCCUCAGAUGUUUGCAUCUCAAUGUUCACAUGAUAUCUUUACACUCAAGAAAUCGCCACUCUUCCAAAGUUGCACGUAGGUUCCUAAAUUGAUUGACAGUUCUUAAAAUUUGACAAAAUGACUUGCUAUUGAAGGUCCUUCCGAUGUCUAGGAUGUCGAUUAAAAAAAAAAAGAGACACAAAUAAAUUAAAUGUUAGUGAACAAAUAUUUUGUUGGCUUGUAGAAAGCUUGGAAAUGUCGACGAUCUGUUCGUGUAUUGCGUUUGAUUGAGAAGUCAAACCUGGUAAGAUCAUUGAAAUUUUCCCCCUUCCAGCAACUGAAUUCAACCACGUGUUAGACAGGUCCACUGUGAGAGAUGGAGAUACGUUCCGGAUCUAUUGCGACUUGAAUGUGGCAUCUGGUGGCAAAUUACGCGAUGCGACAGUCCAUCACUCUGCGCAUAUUUUGAAAGUAUCUCCAGAUAAAAUGGAUAUUUUUUUCUGUAACGGUAACAUCCUGGAACAGGUAAGGGCAUGAUUAUUAAUUAAUGUUUGAAGAAUCGUUCAUUACUCGGAUUUAAAAUGACACCUUGUUAACUCGUCGUCCAUUAGGUGACUACCUGUGAAAACUAGCAGAGUCCUUUGGGAAAUUCCUUAUAAAUUAAAUAUUUCUUUUUAACUAGUCUUUGAUAUAAAGUUUUUGUUAAAGUUACACACACACACUCACACUCACACACACACACACACACAUAUAUAUAUAUAUAUAUAUAUAUAUAUAUAUAUAUAUAUAUAUGUGCACUAACGAGUACCCGGCAUGCGCUGCAAUGCAACUCAAAGAUAGAAGUGUUGUGUUUGAAUUGUUUUUUGAAAACUUUUAAAUAGACAAUAUCUUUUGUUUUUCCGUUGGGUGCGUACACAAAUAAAUCAGAAGGUUUUCCGACGCGUGAGCAGGCCCUACACAGCUGACAAAGGGUUUUCCAAAUUUAGUCCAUACACGAUUGUAGCGAUUGUCCCUGUGCUUUGAUGAUGGUCAUUGCAAAAGCGAGUCGCACCGUAAACUGCAGACGUAUGAAUUCAAAUGGUAUCAGUGGGUUGCGCGAAAACUGUACAGCUUCUCCUUUAUAUUGCUCAUCAUUUUGUUUUGACUGAAAGCUUUUCACUGUUGCAAACUCGUGGUGGAUUUACAUUUCGGAGAACAAUGAUAGGCGCGCCAAUUUUCAGUGUUAAAAUGUGCGACGGGAUGCCUGGCAAAUCAAGUGAAUUCAAGAAUACAGUUGGAUAAUUGAUAAAUUCGUCUUGAUUUAUAACAGUAUCGACGGACUUUUCGCCUGGUAUUUCACUUUGAAUUCUGAGGUUGAUUACACUGACAUCGUAGUUUUGUGCUGCUAAAAUAGCACGUGCACUGAGCAACUGAUGAUGGUGGUACCAAUUCAGAACCUACUUACUUUUGUAACAUACAAACUGAAAUGUCGCUCUUUUGAAUUUCACAAAGUCCAGCCUCACAUCGUCACAAACUUUACCAGUGGGAUCCCGAUACCCGUGUGGAACCGAUCUCGUUAGAUAAUAGUUUUCAGAAAGGAUUCCGAUCCGAGUAACAUCCCGAUCCCGUUGGUAUCCCCUUUCCCGGUGGGCUCCUCUUCUCUGAUAUGAACCGAUUUCCUGAUAGGAUCCAGAUCCCGAUUUAAUCCAGUUACCGGCUAGGAUCGCGUUACCGUUGGGUUCAAUUUACUGCUGGAUCUCGUUAACGUUUCUUAAAGCUUUUAUAGCCCUUUAUAUAUAUCCCCGAAUAACUAUAUAAAAAUUUCUGGAACAUUCUAGAUAUAUUUUAUAAACUCCUCAAAACCUGGGAACAAUAACUUUCAAAUUAAUUAUUUUUUGAACUCGAAAAAUUAUACAACUACAUGCACUGCUUUAACUAUAAUACAUUUAAGCAAAGAAAAAAGGGGUCCAUGCCAUAAUUUGACCUCAUCAGUUUUGCCUGAGACGGGAAGCUCCCUAAAAAUUAUUCAGAUCAAUUAUGGAGUUAAAAUGUAAAAUUUGUUGGAUUAAUUCUGUUUAAAAAUACCAUCAAUAUGUGUUUUUAAAGUUAUCGAGCUUUCUGCAAAUUUCUAGACUUGAUAUUCUUAGUUUUAAAUCAGCCAAUAUUUCAUUACGGACAAUGAAGUGUAUUGCUACCACGCUAGGCCUUUAUCCAUCAAUUCACAUAGAAACUAUGGUGUUUUCUAAGCUUAUUAAUAUUUAAAUCGCAUAAAGGAAAAAUGAAACGGGGCUCCCGGCCCCAUGUGAAUGAAUAUUAUGAGUUCCGUACCUUUCGGUAUUUGAAUAUGGAUAAUAAAGAAUACGAAGGGUUCAAGGGAAAAACCAGUGAUGUCAGUUUUUCAAAAUUUCUAUGUUAUCUCCCUUUUGGAUACAUUCCAUUAAAUAGAAUAAUAUGAUACAUAGGUCUAACUAAAAAAAGGAGCGUAGUCAAUAAAUAAAUACGUAGACAUCUUGAUAUUUUCAUACUUUUAUUAGGAAUUUUCAAACUUUAAAUUCAAUUUUCUCAAAACUCUCAAAACCUGACAUCACUGGUUUUUCCGUUGAGCCCUUCAUAUGUGUUUUAGGUUUGGUCAAGAUCCAUCCAUUCAUGUAGGAGAAUUAUACAUAUUGACCUAUAUAACUUUCUGGAACAUUCUAGAUUAAAUGAUAAAUCCUCUUCGAAACGUGUAAAAAAAAAUAUUUUCUAAGUAAUUAUAAUUUGAAUACGAAAAAUUAUACAACUAAAUGUAUUACUUUAACUAUAGUACAUUUAAGUUGAAAGAGGGGCACUGGGGGGCCCAUUCCAUAAUAGCACCGAACUAGUAUUGCCUGAGAUGGGGGCCCUAUAAAAAUCAUUCAGAUAAAUUAUGAAGUUAAAAUUUAAAUUUCUCCCAUUCUAAUCUUUUUAAUAAUGCAAUAGAUAUAGCUUUGUAAAGUUAUCGAACUUUCUGGAAAAUUCUAGAUUGGAUAUUCUUAAUUUUAAUAAGGGCGAUGAAGUGUUUUGAAACCAAGCUUGGCCUAUAUUCAUCAAUUCGCAUAGAAUCUACAGUGUUCUCUAAGCCAAUUAAUAUUUACAUAGCUUAAAUAAGGAACAAUGAAAUGGGCCCCGGGCCCCAGGAGAAUGAAUAUCAUGAGUUCAGUACCCUUCGGGAUUUGAAUAUGGAUAAUCAAGUAUAUGUGUAGUAAGUUUGUUCAAGAUACAUUUAUUCAUGAAGAAGUAUUAAGCCUAUUGAUAUUUAUAUGGCUUAUAUAAGAAAUAAUUCAACUGGGCCCUCGGCCUCAAAGCAAUGGAUAUUAUGAGUCCAGUACCUUUCGAUAUUUCAAUAAGGAUAAUAAAGUGUAUGUGUACUAAAUUUGGUCAAGAUCCAACGACUCAUGUAGGAAUAUUUGUUGUUAAUUCUAUUUAUAUAGCUCAUAUAAGGACAAAAACGAAUUCGGGGCCCCCGGUUCCAAAAGGACAGUUAUGAAAAGUUCAUAACCCCUUAAGUGUUCCUUCCGGAUAAUGUUGGAUAUAUAUGCCAAGUUUUGUCAAGAUCCAUCAAUCCUUGUAAAAGCCUUUGUGGAACAAACCCACAAACUUUAUCUUUUAUAUAUAUACCUGGCGUUGCACGGGAUUGCAUUAGGACCCCAUCCUUGUGUAAUCCCGAUCCCAUUGGAAACCUAACCUCAUUCUGACACCGAUCCCUCCGUGGUCCCGUUUCCCGGGUUAAUCCCGAUUCCUUCGGAUCCAUUCAACGCUGGGAUCCCAAUACAGGUGGGAUCCAGUUUUCUGGUUGGAUCCUGAUCCCUUUAGGAUAAAGAUUAUGAUGGGAUCCAUACCCCUUUGUGAUCCCGUAUAAAAAAAAAUUACUCAGUGUUACUCCGGGACAGUAUGGAAAUGAAUAUAACUAACUACAAUUUCGUUAUCUCUUAGAUCCCACUAUAUAUCCCCAUUGAACAAUUUAGAACUUUCUGGAACAUUCUAGAUUAAAUUUGAUAACCUGCUCGAAACAUUUUUAAAAAUCAUUUCUAAUUAUUUUUUGAAUACGAUAAAAAACUUUAAAAAAUACCACAAUUAUAAUCCUUUUACUUUUAAGUUAAUCAUGUUUAAGUUAAUCAUGGGAACCCGGUGGCCCAUACCAUAACUGUACUGAUUUAGCUUUGCCUGAGAUAGGGGCCCUAUAAACAUCAGACGGAUAAAUAUUAGAAUUUAAAUUUGUCCCAUUAAAUUCUAUUUAAAAAUGCCAUAGAUAGAGCUUUUUAAAAUUAUCGAACUUUUUGGAAAAUUCUAAAUUGGACAUUAUUAGUUUUAAAUCAACCGAUAUUUCAAUACGGACAAUUGCUACAACGCUAGGCCUAUAUCCAUAAAUUUACAUAGAAUCUAUAGUGUUGUCUAAGCAUUUUAAAAAUAAUCCCUCUUUCUGGAAAAUUCUAGUUUCGAUAUUAUUAGUUUUAAAUCCACCGAUAUAACAAUACAACCAAUGAAGGGUAUAGCUACAACGCUUGGCCUACAUCCAUCAAUUCAAAUAGAAACUAUUGUGUUGUCUAAGCCUAUUGAUAUUUAUGGCUUAUAUAAGGAAAAAUGAAACGCGGCCCCUGGCCCAUAUAAAUGGAUAUUAUGAUUUCAAUACUCGUCGGUAUAUGAAGAUGGAUAAUAAAGUACCCUGCGACGUCACAUCUAAAUCUAUCUGUCACGGGAUGUUACUGAGCGCAGAAGGCGUCCUGGCUUCCCCAAGUCAAAGUCGAAGUUGAAUGGGAAGUGAUCAGAAAUAAGUUUGUCCUCAAUAAUGAGGUUCAUAGCUGCGCGGUCCUCUCUGACAACCAGCCAAUCUAGGAUGUGACCCCGCUUCUGAUAUAUAUGAGGCAAUGUUAGUCUAGCUCUAUACUUUCUCAUGUAUUUUCUAUAAACAUGCCCUGCAUAAUCAUACCGGGAACAAAAUCCCAACGAGGAACAGGAUCCUAAAGGGGAACGCAUAAACUGGAACCCAACGAUAACAUGAUACCAUCGAGUAAUGGGGUUAAGGGCUCCACCAGAAAAUGGGAACCCACCGGGAUCGGGAUUCUACCGGGAUCGGGAUGACAUUGGGAAACGAAAUCCCACCAGUAUUGGGAUUCCACCGGGAUUGGGAUCUUACCGGCAUCUGGAUCCCACAGGAAAAAAGGGAUCACACCAGGAUUAUGAUACAACGGAAUCAGGAUACCGACGGGAUCGACAUUACACAGGGGUCGGAAUACCGAAUGGAUCGGAAACACACAGGUAUCGGGAUUCACCAGUAAUGGGAGCCAAACGGGGACAGGAUUCCUCUGGUUAACGGGAUACCCUUAGAAAGCGGGAUCUGAUUGGAAUCCCUCCGGGAUCGAGCUCCCAUCGGUGAACGAUAGAUUUGAACAAGUUACUUUAAUUGUUUUUUAUAGCAGACAAAUUAAUUAUUUGAUUUUUUUCCCUUGGCGCUUGACCUCAAAGUUAACUAAAGGGCUGUAGAGGUUGUUCAUCCGAAUGGAAUCCCGUGCACCGCCGGGUUUAGUGACUUUAUAUAGAUAUAAGUGAAUGUUUGCUUUGUGUGGUUGUGGAUUUGUUCCACAAUGGCUUUACAUAGAUUGAUGAAACUUGACCAAACUUGGCACAAAUAUAUCCAUCACUAUCCGGAAGGAACUCUUAGGGGUGUAUCAAAUGUUUAGUACAUUCCAUUUUGAGCCGGGCGAUCCAAAUUCUUUUCAUUAUAGGAGCUAUAUAAAUAAAACUUGCAACAAAUACUCCUACAUAAAUAGAUGGAUCGUAGCACACAUAAUCUUGAUUAUCCACAUUUAAAUACCGAAGGGUACUGAACGUAUAAUAUCCAUAUCAUCUGGGGCUGUGGGCCCCAUCAAAUAUAGGCCAAGCGUGGAAGUGUCACAAAUGGCUGGGGCAAGGGUUAACAACAGAGCUCCAUUGUUCUUCAGAGACGUUAUGGGGGUGGACGGAACUUGCGGUGAUCUUGGGGAGGGAACUGUUAGGCGCAUGGGCGUAAGGCUAAUAGUGUCUCGUAUCUGUGGGCCCCAUCAAAUAUAGGCCAAGCGUGGAAGUGUCACAAAUGGCUGGGGCAAGGGUUAACAACAGAGCUCCAUUGUUCUUCAGAGACGUUAUGGGGGUGGACGGAACUUGCGGUGAACUUGGGGAGGGAACUGUUAGGCGCAUGGGGGUAAGGCUAAUAGUGUCUCGUAUCUUUUAGAUUAGGGGGAUGUUUCUUCCUAAAUAUUGUGUCUCGCGCCUUCCAGACUUCGCCUGAUAAUUUUGGUGUUAACGACAGAAUUUCCUAAUUGAACGGAAAUUAGGGGGGUAUGGAUGGGUUAAUAGAUAGCAUUCCUGGACCACCUGGGGGGUGGGGGGGGUGGAGAAUUGUAUAUAAGAUAGAACUCUUGGUGACAUAACACAGAGGGAGAGAUUCGUGGACGGUCGUUCAGUUGUGACAGACGUAGUGUUACUGGCUGUAGUCAGAGAUAGAAUUUGGGAUAGUGUUAACAGUUAGAAAAGAGGCAUUAAAAUGAUAUUAUAGUGAUCAAUACAUCAAUACAUCUUUUCCUUAUUACUGUUACCGAGGAGUUGCUUAUUCAUCCAUUAGUGUUCUGUGGUUUUCCUCGUUGUUCUUCUCAACGCCUGGACUAGUGAACCAUCACAGAGAGGAACCGUCCCAUACUAUUCACAACACCACCAAUACCUCUUGUUACACGACUGUAUGUACGGGCCGUACCUCAUAAUACCAUUCUAUCUGUGAGAGGUGGCAAUACACUUCAUCAUCCGUAUUGAAACAUCGGCGGGUUGAAAACUAAGAAUAUCUAAUCUAGAAUUUUCCAGAAAGUUCGAUAAUUUUAAAAGCUAUAUUUAUCGCAUUUUUAAGUAGAUUUUUUUAAUGGGACAAAUUUUAAAUGUUUAACUGAAUCAUUUAUCUGAAUUAUUUUUUAUGGGGCCCUUAUCUCUUACAAAAUUGAUUCGGUAAAAACAUGGAUUGGGCCCCAGCUGGUGUCUCCUUUUCAACUUAAAUGUACUAUAAUUAGAGUCUUGCACUUGGUUGUAUAAUUUUUCGGAUUCGAAAAAUAAUUAGUUAGAAAAUUCAUUUUCCACACGUUUCCAGGAUUAUAUUAAUUUCAAACUGGAAUGUUCUAGAAAGUUUUAAAUAGUUUAUGAGGAUAUAUAAUGGAAUCUAAAAGCUUAUUGAAAUAUUAGUUUAGCUCCCUACUUUCCUGGGGAUUUUCUCUAAACAUCCCCCUUCAUAAUCCUACCGGGAACAAAAUCCCAAUGGGAACAUUAUCCCAAAGAGCAAGAGGAUCCUAAAGGUGCAGUAAACUUAAACCUACCGGUAACACGAUCCCAUCAGCAUGAUCUAUCAGCACACAAGAUCCCCUCAGAGAAGAGGAUCCCAGCUGGAAACGGGAUCCUUACGGGAUCGGGAUCCCACCCGAAAAAGGAAAAGAAAAAUUGUAUCCUACAUAGAAAUAUUUUCCAUUCGGGAUCUCAAUGGGGUCGGGAUCCCACAGGGGUCAUGAUCCCAUUAGAAUAUGUGAUCCCAUUUGGAAACGGGAUCCCUACGGGAUUGGGAUCCCACCUAAAAAAGGGAGCAAAUAGAAAAGGGUAUCCUAUUUGGAAAUGAGAUCCAAUCUGGAUCUCAAAUAAGUCGGGAUUCUAUUAGAAUAUGUGGAAUCCAAUGUGAUCGGGAUCCCAAUGUGAGCGGGAUCCAAUUUAUAAACUGGAUCCCAAUCGAGAUCUAGAUCCCAAAGGUGUCGGGUUCCCCCAUUUGGAGAAGGGAUCUUAAUCGGGACUGGUAUCCCUAUUGGGUCGGGAUCCCAAUAGGGUCAAGGUCCCAAAUGGCAUAUUGGAUCCCAUUCGGAAACGGGAUCUGAAUCAGGAUCUGUAUCCCAAUGGGGUAGGGAACCCAACGGGAUAUUGGAUCCCAUUUUAAACGGGAUCCCACGGGGUCGGUAUCUCAAUGGGAAUGGGAUCCGUAUGGGAUCGGGAUACCACCCAGAUGGAAUACCGAUAAGAUCGGGAUCCCAUUAGAAUGGGAUACAGUGGGAUCGGGAUACCGACGGGAUAGGGAUACCAAUGGAAACGGGAGACAGUCCCGGACAACGCCGGUUUAUUGGUUAAUAUUAUAUAUAUACAGUGGAACCUCUCAUAACGAGUAAUUAACAUAACGAGCAAAAAAAUGUGAAGAAGUUGCUCCCUUAACGAGCGACAUUUCGCAUAACGAGUUACACAGAAAGGGGAAGUCCCUUUUUCGCGACAUUCAUUUGUGAGCCGGGACUUCCGCACUGAUGCAUUAUUCCAGCGGUUCUCAAUCUGUGGGUCGUGAUCCCUUUGGGGGUAGCGCGGCCCUUUUCCAGGGCUCGCCUUAGACUAUCUGAAAACACAUAUUCUUACAGCUAUGAAGUAGCAACGAAAAUAAUUAGGUUGCUGGGGGGUCGCCAAGACAUGAAAAACUGUAUUAAAGCGUCGCGGCACUAGGAAGGUUGAGAACCAUUGCAUUAGUCUGUGUUUAGCACUCGGUCUGUUAGCGUAUUGUUUUCGUGUGUGAUCCCCAGUUUUUACAAAUUUUGUAUUCAGAGAGUAUUCGUAAUUUUUUUAUGUGCAAAGUGUAAUAACCUAUGCUACAAUGUCUUCGAAAAGAAAUCCACAAGAAGACAAUCAUGACAGAGAAAAAAUAACUUUUGAAAUGAAACGUAAAAUAAUUGAAAGCGAGAACAAGGUGUGUGCGUGGCUAUUCGUGCUACAAAUUUAUUCAAUGACAAUGCUGUGACACAUUUUCGUCGAAUUUUGAAGCGUCGGCAAAAACUGUCUUUAGACAGUGUUCUAGUUAAAAAGGAUUAAUUAUUUGUCAUAAAUAUCAUAUUUUUAUUGACUUUUUUGUUUCCAAUCUAAAUUGUAUUCCACGUUUAACACUCGUUAACAAUUCAUAAAUAAUUUUAUCUGAAUAAAUGUUAAUCAAAUUUGUUUAAAAAUUAGUAUUUUUUCAGCAUGGAACGCAUUUUCGUAUUUUACAUUGAUUUGAAUGGGAAAAAUUGUUUCGUUUAACGAGUUUUUCGCUUAACGAGUAAGAUUCUGGAACGAAUAAACUCGUUAUGAGAGGUUCCACUGUAUAUAAAUAGCCAUACUAAGGCUUUUUUGGGGCUCUGGCAUGGUGUAUAGGUAGGGGCCCCGGUAGGGGUUUCAGGGGCGGAUCUCCCCCAGAGCUGAGGAGAAGACACCACCCACCACUGCGGCUUCUCAAGUCUGCCUUCGUCACUGUUUCCUCUUUACUUGCGUGUAACUACCGAUCGUAUUGAUAAUUCCACCAUUAGUGAAAAUGUGGACUUCUGAAAUAUAUGGACUUGCAAGUCGAAGGCUAAAAAAAAAAAAAGCUCAUGACAGGGCACCCUUGGAAGUAGGCCUAGGCGGUCGGCUAGUUUACCUAUGCCUAAGAAUGGCUCUGACUUAACACCGACAAAGGAGGAUGUUAUGCCGUCUACAACUACUGCCUGGGAUCGUUUGCUGUGGAAGCUAAAACUCCAUGUUUUUUAGCGCAUGUUUUUUCUAUCAUGUUGGUCUUCAGAAGGAACUUAAGUCUUAAAUACUUUCUUACAUCCCCAAAGACCGACUGGAACUGUUGAUUUAUUACAACUGCCUGUUCUUUUGCUUUAGAUGUCAAAUAGCCUUUCCAUCUCAGGGGGAAAAUCCCAGUGUUUGGUUACUUUUGGGGCUUGACUUAGCUUCAGAAGCGUUUGUUCUUUACACCCUUGGUCGAAGUAUCUUCCUCUGAGAAGAUGCCGUUCAGAUAGUUCCAGCGACGCAGCAAGCGUUGGAUAGUUCAGUGGAGCCUCAGUACUCCGCCUUUUAGUUAGACCGAGCAGUUAGACCGAGCUAUUCUUCUUCAUUCACGUGUACUGGCGGUCUCUCCUGUGUGCUAGAGACCAAGGAGCAUUGCCGCUAGACUCACAAAUAAAAACAAACCCUCAUCAGAAGGCACAAUUAUGCAUGGUGGUCUUUUGUAUUUACCAGCAUAGGAUAUCAUUAAACCUAGUAGUAACUUGUUGAUGGCUCCAAUACACCACCCUAUUCCUCACAUCUGACCUAUACACCCUAUUAUGCCUCCCCGACGCUCUCCCCAUGGAGUACCAAGAGGACUACUACUCCCUCUAUGAUAUACCUGUUCAUAAACAGGCUCCUACCUCCUCCAACGCAAACCUGGUUGCCAACUGCACCAGUCAACGACAAAACCACCUUUCCCAAGCAAUAAACAUGAAACCCCUGCUCCAUUGAGAUAUGGAUGAAACUCUACAAACGCCAGCUUUACAUAGUACUAGCUAGACCCACCCACAACCCCUCUAUUACAUUCCUGAUCGUCAUCUUGUGUGGAGAUGUGUAUAUAUACCCCGGCCCUAGACAUUCAGCCUCCACACAUCCUUGUGGACUGUGCCGAGAGGCAGGUAAUUGGAACAGUAAAGGCAUAGCGUGCGACAAAUGUGGAAUCUGGUUCCACCUGCUAUGUGCCGACGAUCAAUCAGUGGACGACGGUGAAACGCGUCAACCCUCUUUUGCAUGGUCUUGUCCACGCUGCAACAGUAUCAACAACGACAGCUUCACAUUUCACAGCUAUCAACUGAACUGCUCAAACUCCUUCUCUCCUCUCUCAUCACUCAAUCCAAACACUGAAUCUAAAGUAACACCUUACCCACUUUCACCGCAUAGAAUCAGUACCCCAAAAUCCCACCAUCCCAGCCAACCGCCCUACUCCAUCGAAGGGCAUCCCACAAGCUCCCAAGAACACAAACGAGACCCUUCAACCUCCUCCUCUAUCCCUGACCACCCAAAAAAUGCAAACCUCCGCCUACUAAAUAUCAACUGCCAAAGCAUAGAAUCAAAGAGACAAGAGCUCACAGCCAUCAUCCAAUACACCAAGCCUGACAUAAUAUGUGGAACAGAGUCUUGGCUCAGAGGCAUAAAACUUGGGGAAGAACCAACCCUGGACCACAUAAAGUCCUCAGAAGUCUUCCCGGUGGAUAACAAUUUGUAUCGUCAUGACCGCGCAAAAAAGAAAGACCUCUACAUCAGUGCCUUCUAUAUGCCCGAAAGAACCCAGUGGGACCUUUGCGAAUUCCAAAAAUCCAUCAAUAUUCUUAUAUACUGGACCACGCAUACUGCCCACUCCACGGGCAAAGACAGCACUGUGUCAGCAAUCACUGGUCGACUUGACUUACUCCAAAGCUCAAAUAAUGCGCCAGAAAUCAAGGAAAUCUUUCAAAUUCGGUGAGGCAAACCAGGACAAGAUCAAUCUAGAUCUUGCCGCCGCUGAACAGGUCAUCCUAAAAAAAUAUAAUGAGGGAGAGGAUGUAGAUACACUGUGGUCGACCUUAAAAAAUACAUUUUACAACAGCAUAGAUCAAAAUUUCUCAUCAGCUGCAGCAAAGAAUCCAUGUAACCUAACAUGGCUAAACACACAGCUCAAGGAGCUGCUGAAGAGAAAGAAAAGAAUAUUGAAGAAAGUCCAAACUACAAACAACUGGACCCUGUACCGCCAGUUCCAGAAGCAUUGUCGUAGGGAACUAAGAAGAGGAGCGUGGCAGUACAUAAAUGGAGUCAUUCAAGAAGGCAUCCAAAACAACAACACAAAACCCUUCUGGCGCUACAUGAAAUGCAGGAAGCAAGACAACAUCGGCUUAGCCCCGCUCCUAGAAAACGGGCAACUUGUAAGCGAUGGUCAAUGCAAAUCAGAAAUUCUCCUAAGGCAGUUUCAAUCCAUCUUCACCAAAAUUUCCACCACAGUCAUACCAUCCCUAAAACCAUAACAUGGUACAAUACGCCCGAUCAACAUAACUGAAACAGGAGUAGCCAAACUUCUCAAAAACCUUGAAGCCCAAUAAAGCUGACUGUAUCCCGAACAUUGUCCUGAAGACCCUGGCUGACAAUAUCGUUCCAACCAUGACCCACAUUUUCCAAAAGUCACUUGACUCCAGCAAACUCCCGCUAUACUAGCUUGAUGCAAAUAUCACUAGUGCCUACAAGAAAGGUGACCGUCAUAACCUAGCAAACUACCGCCCAUUAUCCUUGACCUCCGUCCCAUGCAAAAUUCUAGAACACAUCUUCUGUCGCCACAUCAUAAACCACAUUGAACACUACAACAUUUCGACCAACCUGAAUCACGGUUUCUGCUCUGUAUUCUCAACAGAAACUCAAUUAAUCAUCACCACCAAUGACCUCCUUGCCUCCUAUGACAAAGGUACCCAGUUCGACAUGGCAAGUCUCGACUUCUCCAAGGUCUUCGACACUGUUCCACACAGCCUUCUUCUACAUUAGUUCCACCACUACGGCAUUACCAGCAACCUUCACACCUGGCGUUCAACAUUCCUAACACAAAAGACCAUGCAAGUAGUGGUAGACGGCGUCCAAUCAGGGAAAGCCACCGUAGAUUCAGGAGUUCCACAAGGCACAGUGCUUGGUCCCCUUCUCUUUCUCUGUCACAUAAACGACCUCCUUGAUACUGUAAAAUCUCAAGUGAGGCUGUUUGCAGACGACUGUCUUGUCUACUGAGAGGUAAAAGGCACCUCCAAGCAGAUUUGAAGUGCCUUAUGAAUUUGGUGGACAAAUAGGGCAUGAAAUUUAAUGAAACCAAAUGCUACACCAUGAGCAUCUCAAGAAAAAACCAUCAACCCAUAAGUAGUCACUAAACGAGAUAGUUCUCCGACAAGUAUCCAAUAAUCCAUACCUUGGAAUUCUCUUUUCAAAUAACCUAAAAUGGUCAAAUAAACUGCCACAGAUCAAAUAUUUAGAUAUUAAUUUUGUUUCAGAAUAAUGUAUUACUUGGUUAAGUAGAAGAAACACAAAGUUAUGGGUUAUGGGAUACACAAGUGCAGGACACGGAUGAAUGGCAGUUUGAGUAUAUUUUCUUGAUGAGCACUUGCUAUGAUCACUUUUGUAUUCAACAUCUUAAUGUUGAUUCAACAAAUGUGAAGUGAAAGAAGUUAUGACGAUUUAUAUUUUCUCUGAUUUAUGGAGAUAUUAAUUCAUGUGGUUUACAUUAUUCAGUUAAUAAAUGUUGUGAUGCUAAGUCCUCGGAUUUUUGGACAUCGAGCUUUGUUAGAUAAUCAUGGACGUCUGUGAAUCUGAAUAAAUAAUAUAAGUAAUAACUACAAGUAACAUCAUCACCCUAUGAUUGUUACAUAAACAAGAUUUCAAAAAAGCCAACUCCACACUAGGUUUCAUUCGAAGAAAUCUGCGCCUCUGCCCAACUUCCUGCAAACGAAAUGCCUAUCUUGCACUCGUCCGUCCACUACUAGAAUAUGAUGCGAUCGUCUGGGUCCACACCUAAAGCAAAAUGUGAACAAGAUGGAGCGAAUUCAACGUAACGCGGUACGCUUUAUCGCACGUGACCACAAAUCCACCACUUCCGGCUUCGUCACUGGCCUAUUAAAAGGAUUUGACAUCCCUUGCCUUAAAGACAGACGAGGAAAGCUCCGCCUGAUAUUCUUAUAUAAAGUAGUCAUGGGGCUGGUGCCGGCCAUCCCAAAAGGCACGUACCUCACCCCACAGAAACCAUGUCUAUUGAUCAGAGCCAAACGCUCACUGAACACUGAUUUCAACACUGACAACCCCAUAAACAAUUACACCCAACACAAUAGCAAAUGCUUCACUGUGCCUUGGUGUAACACAGUGCAGUAUAAACAAUCAUUCUUCCCACGCACAAUAAUUGCUUUGAACCACCUGGACAAUGCCGCUGUGAACUCGACAUCGGUCGAAAGCUUCAAGGCUGCCCUGGCAUCUGCUAGGAGCUGUUAGAAUAGCAACAUCGCUUCCCCAAGUGAUGCACAGAUGCCAGUAUAUGGAUGCAACAAAGAACACUACCAGAACCAGAACAGUUUAUUUGCCAAAGCCGCUCCACAAUGAUAUACAACGUAUUAUUAUAUGUGAACAUAACUCCAGUCACUCUGGUGUGUAGCAGUCUGAGAUCACACAAUCAAGUAUAGAGUUUUCCUAAGCUUAAAAUAAUGCAGUGGAGUUUCACCUAAGUCCGAAAAUAAAGAUUCAGCAGUGCAAGUUAGGAUUGGGAUGAUCGACUUCCAGGUGGCACUUAUUUUUCACUAUAUUUUUAGUGUUGCAUUUUCGGCCCAGUGCAAAGAAAUGAGAGGAUUUUAGGGAUUAAAAGACACGAGCUCCCCAUGUAUUUUCUAUUAGUAAAAGACACCGAAGCUAUAAAAAGUCCAUGGCUAAAUGCUACAUAGCGCUAUUUAUUCUGACACAUAUAUAUAGAAUUGUAAGUAGAGAGUAUUGAAGUUAAACAUAAAUAAGUGUAGAAAGUAUUACAGCUAAAUAGGAACAGGAGAAGAGAGUUAAACAGAAACAUGGGCACAGAGUAUUGCAAGGGGGGCAUAAAACCAAUCCAUCAGUUUUAACAAAGGCGGCUGUCAUCAAAGGGUGACAAAUCAGAUUUGUCUUGCUUUUUUUUUCUUAGAGUAAAGCUUAUUCAGUAAUAUUGCAGGAAGUUGGAACUAAUUAUUCACUUCAGCAAUAAAUACAACGACAUUUGUCUUUCCAAAUAUAAUGACUUGAACUUCUUUGGCCCUUUGACCUUAAUCCUAAUAUAAAUGUUUGAGUGGUUUAGCACCAUAACUCGCUCGACACACUUGGACGGGUUAUUUCCCAUUUUGAGAAAGUUAUGGAUGGAUCAAUCUUGAAAUUAGAGACCGACCGAAUUUCGGCUUCGGUUUCGGCGCCGAAAGUGGCCAUUUUAUAACUUUCGGGCAAGUUAUGGUUUCGGCCGAAACUUAAAGUUAACUUUCGGCUUAAUUUCGGUUUCGGCCGAAAGAGAAAAGUUAACUUUCUGUUUUUUUCGGUUUCGGCCGAAAUUGACUUAGACUUUCGGCCAUCCGGCCGCAAAUGACUGAUGUUUUCGGUCAUCUAAUUCUCAGCAAAAGCGAUAUUUAACAACAAACUAAGCGACAUUUAAGAACAAACUAAACGAUCUUUAAGAACAAAUUAAGCGAUCCUUAAGAAGAAACUAAACGAUCUUAAAAAAAAAUAAAGUGAUUUACAAAAACAAAUAAAGCGAUCUUUAAGAACAAAUUAAGAGAUCUUUGAGAACAAACUAAACGAUAUUUAACAACAAACUAAGCGAUCUUUAAGAACAAUCUAAGCAAUCUUUAAUAAAAAAACUAAACGUUCUUAAAGAACAAACUAAGCGAUUUUUAAGAACGAAGUAAAUAAUCUUUAAGAACAAAACAAAUGAUCUUUAAUAGUAAACUAAAUAAUUUAUAAAAAUAAACUAAGCGAUCUAUAACAGGAAACUAAAUGUUCUUUAGGAACAAACCAAAAGAUCUUUAAGAACAAACUAAUCGAUCUUAAGGAACAAAAUCAAUUAUCUAUAAGAACAAACUAAGCGAUCUUUAUGAAAAAACUAAGCGCCCUACGACAACAAAAUAAGCAAUCUUUAAGAACAAAAUAAACGAUUUUUAAUAACAAACUAAAAGAUCUAUACAAACAAAAUAAAUAAUCGUUAAGAACGAACUGAAUGAUCUUUAAGAACAACUAAGCGAUAUUUAAGAACAAAAACAAUGAUCUUUAAGAACAAACUAAGCGAUCUUUAUGAACAAACUAAACGAUCUUUUAAUAACACAAACUAAGCGAUCUUUAAUUUAAAAAAAAAACUUAGCGAUAUUUUUUGAACAAACUAAAUGAUCUUUUAUAACAGACUAAACGAUCUUUAAACAAAAGCUAAGCGAUCUUUAAGAACAAACUAAGCGAUCUUAAAAAACAAAAUAAACGAUUUUUAACAACAAACUAAGCGAUCUUUUUGAACAAACUUACCGAUCUUUAAGAACAAAUAAAGCGAUCAUUAACAAAAACUGAACGAUCUUUAACAACAAACUAAGCGAUCUUUAAGAACAAACUAAACGAUCUUUAACAACAAGAUGUUAUAUUGGUUGUUUAUUUAUUAAUAUUCACGAUUAUCUCAUUUUGUAUAAAAAGAAUGUAAAUGUUUAUACUUUCUCUCAUCAUUUUCGAUGUAUGCAGAAUGUAUGCGGGAACGAAUUUCAAAAUAUCUAAAUAUUUUAUUUUCGGUUUCGGCCGAAAGUCAUUUUUAACUUUCGGCCUUUUUUCGGUUUCGGGCGAAAGUCAUUUUAAACUUUCGGCCUAUUUUCGGCUUCGGCCGAAAUCAGAAAAUCACUUUCGGUCGGUCUCUACUUGAAAUUCCGAUAUGUCGGUCGGGUGGCGAACACAAAAUAAAAACAUUUUUAAUGUCAUAAAUAUGAUUUUUGGGACAAAUGACCCUUAAAAUCUCCUUAAAUACGCCAAAGGUAAAAGUGUAUAUUUUAGUUGCGUCAGGGUUUUCGUUGGUUUAGGUAAGGGAAAAGAGUGCAAAAAAAAUCCCCCCCCCCUCCCUACCGGAAGCACUAUCCUUAUCUACGCAUCUGUUCAGCAUAAAUUAAUGUGAUAGAACUGUGGGAUAGGUUUCGCUGGUCCUUUUCAUUAAUGUAUACGUGGCAAUGCCUAUAUUGCUAAGACUCCAAAGAGCUGAACUGAGCUAAGACAAGUUUAGAGAAGGUAAGAGAAGCUAAUACAAGUUUAAAGAAGCUGAGAGAGGCUCAAACUCAUAAAAAAACAUAUACCCGUUAGACCAUGCCUCAGCUGAGUUAGGUUAGUUAAGCUACAACAUGCAAUGAGUGAACGAUUGCCGCAUUGUUGGAUCCAUGGCUGGACUUAUUUAGGAUUGUUGCUCUGUACGAACAAGAAAAGUUGUUUUUUUAUAAUUGAAGUAAGGUUUGGUAGUGUACGUAUUUUUAAGUAGCGUACUUGUCACAAGCAAGAAGACCGUGUUUUCCUUAAAAUAUGCUAUCAAACCAAAAAAAUGAAAAAAAGAACAUCAACCUUAAAGCUGUUACAAAAUUGCCGAUUUAAGAAUUUGAGAAUAUAUAAAGCUAACCUAAUGAUCAUACACAUUUGCAACAUUCGGAUUUAUGCUCACAAUUUUUAUAGAACAUUGUGGAACUUUUAACAAAUCGAUGGAUGAUCAACAUUUAUGAUUAUUAUUGACUAUAGCAGAACGUUUUAGAAGACCUGCACUGAGUACAGUAUUUAUCGGCGUAUAACAUGCACAGGCGUAUAACACGCACCACUCGCGCCGCUAUGCGGUAUGUACUAUGGCGUAUAACACGCACUUUUUCUCCCUGAAAAUAGGGGCCAAAUGAUGUGUGCGUGUUAUACGCCGAUGUAAUUUGAAGGAGCUGUAGUACAUAUUGCAUAGCGGCGCGAGUGGUGCGUGUUAUACGCCUGUGCGUGUUGUACGCCUGUGCGUGUUGUACGCCUGUGCGUGUUGUACGCCGAUAAAUACGGUAUUUCUAAAAAUAAAUUAAUUCCAUAGUCAUAGUCAAUUUUAUUUUAUUUUUUAACCUUCUAUUUUGUGUGUGCGCCUUUUUUGUAAGAAAGAUCAAAGGCGUCAUGCCUCCCGCUGUGUCUUAAAACAGAUAUUAUUUUUACAAGUGUCUGCACAACACUCUUUUUAAGUGCAGAAAGAAAAAUAUUAAAUAUUAUUUGAUCAGUUAAAAUGUUAUAUAUUUUUUGUUUUAAAACACCCCCAGGAUCACGCCUUAACUCUCUAGGUGUCGCCAGCGUUUUUGUGAAUCAUUUUUUCUACAAGUCUAGGUUACAAACGGUGAAUGUGAUCAGUUAUUUUUAGUUUAAGAAGCAUUAUAAAAACACAGAAAAUGUAUCUAUACAUCUAUUUGAUAUUAUCAUUACAGAGCAAUUUUAGUAGGCCUUGGAUUUUCAGAGGUAUGGAAACUUGCGGCAGGUCUGCAGAGAUCAGAAUCUCAGUGGAAAUAACUGACUCCAAAUGCAACGAUGCUGGUAAAUACCAGUGUGUAUACAUUAGUUCUUCGGGAGAUCAGUUUCUAGUUACUUCCGAGGCAAUAGAAGAGAUGAAAAGAGAUGGUAAGAGAUAGAAUCGAAAUUAAAUUUUUUUUUGUGGAAAUAAACACAUGUAAUUUAUACCGAAUCCAUCCAUCAAUAGAUCGUUUAAGAUAAUGCGACAUGCAUUUAGAGUAAAUAUAGUUGUUCUUGUCCAGUGGUUCUCCAAAGGGUAGGGGUGAUGGUUUGGCUCAGGGGAUCGAUUUUUUUUUUUGGGGGUGGGGGGGGGUAGGCGGGCGCUAAAAGGCUGAACUUUUAUACAGACGUUGGUAGCUAAUAAAACUUAGUAGUAUUAAAAAAGUCUUAUCAAAUGAUCAAACAUGUUUUUUGGUGAAGAACUGAUCCCAAUAGUAAUAAGUGAGAUUAUUUUUUUUCAUUUAUACAAUGCAAGGAAUUGGGAAGGUCAUUUUUGUAACAUACUAAAAGUCGACAGUGUUGGCAUUACAACUGGAAAAGCUGGUAGGUGGCACAUGCCACGUAGUUCCGACAACUUUUAGUUGCGCACUUUGGAUAGAAACUGUUGGAGAUGGUCGUCCGCGGCGGCGGGAACAUGUCAGGGAAUUGGUCUUCGCUUGCCCUGCCUGGUCGGUUGUCCGGGUCAAUUUGCACAAACGACCCCAAUUUUGUUGGGGGGGGGGGUCGUGAGCCAGGCUACUCCGCGACCGCUGAUUAGCAGCGGGGAGACCUUCGGCCUUAGUCCGGCUUUAACGGUUACGAGGACGCCGGACUGGGGCUGGGGACCGGUCAAGAGCUUCGUGCUCAGUACCGCCUCUGCAAAUUGUUCGUCAGGUGCCUUAUGGCGGGAGUCCUGGAUGGACCCGAGGCACCGUGGUGCGGGUUCACGCGAGCGUCCCUGGAGGUCACUGCGCCGUCCGUUGCCGGCAGGUGAGGUCUGGGGCCAUGCUGCCUUGUUCAUUUGCCCAUCAGGCUGGAUUGGGUUUGUCAGGACAUUAACAAGCUGGUUGCUAACGGAGGGAGUCGAAGUCCCACAGAAAGAUAAGGCUGGUCGGUGGCACACACCCCUUUGUUCCGACAACUUUUGAUGGCGGCAAUUUGGAGAGAAACUGUUUGAGUUGGUCUUCUGCGGCGGCGGGAACAAGUCAGGGAAUUGCUCUUCGUCUGCACAGCCUGGUGGUUUUACCGGGGCCAUUUGCAAAAACGACACCCAUGGGGGGGGGGGGGGGGGUUGGGGGGGGAGUGAGCCAGGCUACCUUGCGACCGCUUAUUAGCAGCGGGGAGGCCUUUGGCCUCGGUCCGGCAUUACGGUAUUCCAUUUCGCUGGAUCGGGGCUGGGGACGCUGUUCCCAGUUAGCGGCCAGUCAAGAGCUCCGUGCACAGUACCGCUUCUGCAGAUUAUUUGUUUGGUGCCUUAAGGCUUUCACUAGUUUGAAAGACUGGAAAUGCGGGGAAAGGAAUCUAUUGGACACAAUUUCAAAAUAGGAGCCUCGAGUCGGCUGGCAACAGUUCUCAUCACGACAUUUCACAAUUUGUACAAAGUAUUGACUUGUUCUUAUAUGAUUAGUAAACCAAUCUUUAUCUUUCAUAAGUAAAUCUUCCGCCACAAGUUCAGAUAAUUCAGGUGCAGCAUAUUCAGCCACUGUUGGAAAAUUGUCAAUUGUUACUUGCAUCCACAAUUCUAACAAUGUUUGGUCUGCAAAUUAACACGUUAUUAAACAUGCAUUAAAAGAGGCGCCUGCUUGUUAGCUGCUGUCAGUCCAAUAGGAACUCUGGCUUUGUCAUCUUAACUGAUAAAGCACACUUCUCUUGGUCCCAACAUGGAGGCAAUUUCCUCAAUGUUAUUUAGCGUAGACGUGCAAAAUCGACCAUCAAUGUGCUUGGAGUGUGAAUCAUGUUGUGCUCGAAUUAAUUUCACUGGUACAGUUUUGGCAUGUCGUUUACCCUCAAAGGAUGAAAUUCGUUUGGGUAUUAAGCUAGUAUAAACAGCACUUGAACUUAUUUGAAAACCUUUGAUCUUCAGGUGCUCUGUCAGUUCAUCAAGAGUUUUGACACUGCGGUAAAUAUCACUCCGCCUUUUCGCAUGAGCAGCAGACCCACGUAAGGCAAUGUCAACAAUAUUGUGGUCGGCUAUCUUUCUGUCGGAUCUUUAAUUUAACGAUUAUGUCAGGAUUCUCUGCACACAUUUUAGUUAAAGUGUUUUCUUUCUUUUUUUUUUGUUUUCCUGAACAGCUGCUGCUUUUCUUGCUCGCAUUUUUUCUUUUCAGUUUCUUUUCUAGGCCAUCAAUUUUUAGUUUCUUUUCAGUAAGUUUAUUUUCCUGGUCUAAAGUUAUAACGAUUCUGCAUUUUCGCUUAUAAAAUCCAAUAAAUCUCUCUUGAAGAUAUUUAUUUGACCCUGCAGUUCGUAUUUGGCUUUUGUUUUGUACUUAACAGAGUCUACUUCACUGCUACUGCUACUUCAUGUACUGGAUGGACCAGCUUCCGACAAGUCAACAUUUUUUCUGGUCCUUUUCAUUAGGAGCUUUAUAUUUUAUAUCGUCUUCUUCUACUGUUACAUUUGUAGGAAAUUGAUUAGAAGCAGUUUCAUUUUUCAAAGCAUGCAUGACCUGCCCAGAAGCCGAGCAGUUCUCCUUUAUUUUCUGUGCAUAACAGCAUAUUUAACUAAUAAAGCAUCUAAUUUUGCUAACAAAUUAUCCUCUUUCUUUAAUUCGUUCCAAAUUUUAUUGACUUCUUUUUUGACUAUCCUGCUUACGCUUACUUGGUAAAUCCUUUACAUAGGCCUCAAAUAUCAACUGAUGAAAGUUUGGAUGUUCCAUUUCUUUGUGUAAAAAAAAAAAUGAGACUGUAUUAUUUCCCUGAAUACCUCAGUAUAUCGAUAACUGAUUGUUUAUUUUUGUAAAAUAAGCGACAUUAAUCAGAUUAGUGGCCAUAUUUUAUUUCCUUCCCCAAUCUCAGACCGAAAGAAAGUAUACGGUGGCUUUCUUUUCCACUGUACGAUUUAUUAUUGUUAGUCAUUUAUAUUGACUGCACAUGACACUUGAACCUUGCCCACACCUGCAACAUGCUCGCAAACAUACAUCCUUAGUCAUUUGCGACAAACAGAAUAUACAGUUGAAGAGAGGCCACAUUUUGACUUCUCUUGCACUAACAAAGUGUGCUAACAUUCUGACCAGCCUUAUGCAGUGCACAGACACACAUUAAAUAAAUCUUAUAUUGUUAAAAGCCUAUAAUUUAUAUGACUAUUUACACUCAUUUACACUUAUAAAUAUUUUAAAAUAAUGUAAUAACCAAUCAAUUUUUAAGAUUAAUUUUUUUAGAGAAAAGACACGAUUGUUGACGUCAUCUAACCCCUUGUCAUCAACUGUCAAACAUUCGCAACCCCGCCCCCCCCCUAUACUUUGUUGACGUAAUUAAUGGACGUCCCCUUUGUCUAUAGACGUAUAAACCUCCUUACCUACCUAACUGCCUUCCUGCCUGCUUCGAUUGCUUUAUAUUGUUGUUAAUGAUGAACGCCUUCAGUUGAAACUUAGUUUGAUUCUUAUCUGGUUGUCAUUCAGUCUUACCAAGACAAAAUCACCACUCUUACAUUUUGUAACAAUCCUGGUGGUAGGAUCUUAUAUGACGGCUGAUUGCUGAGAAACACUACCAAAUGUGUUACGUUUAAAUUAUUUUAAUUUCAUUUUUUUUUAACAAAUACAUAUUUUCGUUAAAAUGUUUUAGAAAAAGCAUUUUUUAAAAUAAAAUUCAAAAGACAUUAGCAUUAAUUGAAACAAUAGAAGAAGCGUAUCUCAUCUUUUCAAAUCGAGUAGUCAUGUAGAAAAACGUGUGCCAUUUUUUCGAAUAAUUGGGUCAAAUCUAACUUUCAAACAGUCCAACGUUUAAGUUCCUAUAACUGUAUGUUUGCCAGUGCUAUGAACUUCAGUGCUUCAAACGUUCAUUAUCGUUUUAUGUAACAGCCUCCUGUGAUAAGAUGGGAGGGACCACACCAGCCGGAGUCCUUGUUAAAACCACGAAAACAAGUUCUGCUCAUCCAGAAACGUCACCGAUGGUAUGGCAGCUUGUUGUUGGGGCUCUCAUCAUCUUUUGGCGUGUCGGCGAAGUGAGUCCAUGCGCUUGUUGACCGCUGGCACCAAUAUGAUGUUGGCGAAGUGAGUCCAUGGCUUGCUAGCCAUUGGCACCAUUAUGGAUGUAUCGCUGGCGGUGAGUCAAGCCAGCUAAGAAAUGUGGGAGUUCUAAAGCACGUAUUUUUUUAUAAUAGUAUUUCAACUGAUUUUGUAACACCAAUGAUAUAGUUAAAAUUAUAUUCUUUUAUAGCUAACAUUUUAUAUACCUA